GAGGGCCGCUCUGGAACAAACCCAGCGUUCCAGGAAUCCAUUCAUUCAGAGGCAGGAGAGCGCAAGGCGUGGAAGGUUGUUCCCUGUGGAGCUGUGAGUGAUCGCUGCGAGGGUGACACCCUCAUUCAUCACCAUUUAUUCUCUGCCCAUCGCUGCUCAUGUGGAUUUCCGAUCUGUACUGAGGAUUAAGCGGCGCUCGCACACCAGCCUGAGGAAUAUUUGCAUGGCGCGGCUUUCUAUUUAAAGGACUUUUGUUUUUUUUUUUGCCAUAAGAAAAAACAAUCGUUGGAGUUUACGUGUUGCUGGAAUAAAGGAGUUAUAAUAAGAGAAAGGUGUUUCUGCCCUUGUGCCGCCUCCCAUCGCGUGUAGCAACAACACGGAGACUACGGUGCCUGUCUGCUGCUGCUAAAUCGCUCCCUCACAGACGCGCGACUGCUGCACUUCCUUCAGACCGCGGCUUUGUGGAUUUAUUUGCUCCCCAGGGCUACCCUGGCCCUAAUUACUGUGGCCCCUGGAGAGAAGGCUGCUGCUACAGUCACAUACACAAGUGCCAGCUCUGGGGAUUUACUGGAGACAUGUCCCAUGCUUAAGCCUCCAACUGCCGCUCGGAUCUUGGACUUGGACGGGUUAUUGGUUGGUGCAUGCUUGCUCACAGGUUUUCAGAUGCAUGCCAAGUUCACGUUGAAUGCCAGAAAUCAAGAUCACUACAGAUGGAGCUACAAAGUCAACAUGGCAUUGGUGGUUCAUUAGUCGUGAUACAGCAGCCAUCUUUAGACAGCCGGCAACGGUUCGAUUAUGAACGGGAGGUUCAGCCGACGGCUAUCUUGUCCUUGGAUCAGAUCAAAGCUCUCCGGAGCAGGAAUGAGUACACGGAAGGCCCAUCCAUGGUAAAAAAGACUGGACCAAAAACUGUACCGAGGCACAUUAAGCAAGAACGGACUCAUGAAAUCAUACCAAUUAAUGUGAAUAACAACAAUGAGCACAGGCCCACUCACUGGGCUCACACAGGACAUCUACCCAAUGGAAGGGCCCCUGGGCUCAGCAGGUCUACUAGCACUGGUAGUGCAGCCAGUUCUGCUAGUACAAAUAGUGCUUCUUCUGAGCAAGAACUCCUGGGGCAAUGCCCACCACCCAGAUCAGCCUCUGGUCACAGGACUGAAAGGAUAGUCCGAAUGCAACCCAAGGCCAGUGCUUUGCCUGUGGAGGACCUAAAGAGCUCAAUAAAAAUGGAUUAUUCGCAACACCGGUUUAUCUGUGAACAGUGUGGGAAGUGUAAAUGUGGAGACUGCACUGCUCCAAGGACCCUGCCCUCGUGCCUGGCUUGUAACAGGCAAUGUCUGUGCUCUGCGGAGAGCAUGGUGGAAUACAGCACUUGCAUGUGUCUGGUCAAAGCAGCUUUCUACCACUGUUCCAAUGACGAUGAGGGUGACUCUUAUGCGGAUAAUCCUUGCUCUUGUACCCAAUCACACUGCUGGUCAAGGUACCUUUGCAUGGGAGUAAUGUCCAUCUUCUUACCCUGCUUGCUCUGUUACCCUCCUGCCAAGGGAUGUCUAAAACUGUGCCGAGAAUGUUACGACAGAGUUAAUCGCCCAGGCUGCCGAUGCAAGAACUCAAAUACAGUAUAUUGCAAACUGGACGACGUUCCCCGGGGCCAGGGCAAGCCCUCCUGACUUUAGCGGAGAACGUGUAGCUUCUCCUUCCACAUUGUGGAAAAGUGUGUGAGUGAUUGUGUGUGUGUGUGUUUGUGUGCGUGACUUCCUUUUCUCCUUUAUAACGUUCUAAUAUUGACCUCUGCUUUUAUCACACAGUAAUACAUGUUACUGUAACCGAUACUUUCAUGCACAGGCAUUAACACAAGUCUUGUGGUGAGGAAAAGGGGGGUUUAAUAGGUGCCCUUUUAUUCUCUUUUCUCAAAUUUGGUUCUUUGUUGCUUCAUUUAUUAAUACUGUUAAUGGUAAAUCGGAUUUUCAACAAAACCUAUCUUUUUUUUAGUUUUGUGACUUGGGGUGGGGGAAUUUUAAUUUUUUUUUUUUUCUUCAGUUUCUUUUUUAUUCACAGCAGGAGAAGUCUAGUAACCGCUCCCCUGUCUCCUUUCUUCUGUAUAACCAAAUGCAUAUGUAACCCCUUUAUUCAGAAAGGAACAGUCUAUAUAAUAGAAGCUCCUGCAGAGCCUUACAAAUCGCAGUGUUAUCACUAGCUCUAUGGGGAGAGUUGUUCCUAACCCUUUGCCUCCAGCAGAGGGGUUAAUCCAUAUCAGCCUUAGCCCCCUAUUCCUCAUCUCACUUCUGUUGCCUGUGUGUAUAGAGUGUCCGUGACAUUGGUCUAUAAAUGUGUCUGUUGAAGGAUUUUUUUUUUUUGCAGUUUGGGGUUUUAAACUUCUCCCAUGCACACUACCAAGCUUGCCUUAUUUGCAGUUCUGGGUAACUUGCAGUCCUGCAGAUGUUGUAGAACUACAAUUACACCCUUCACCCCCUUCCCAACUGGGCUGGUGGUGGAGGUUGCUGGAAAUUGUAAUUUAACACCGUCUGGAGGGCUUCAGAUUGUCCAAUGCUGCCUUUAUAGUGUUUCUGUUACUAUAGUUUAUCUUUAUAUGCCAGACAAUUCAGUAGCCUUAAAGAAAUAAGCUCUUUCACCCUUGGAACCAAUAGUUUCCUGCUGGUGACCUGUUCUUUUUUUCUUGUUUUCCUUCCUGUGUUUUUCUUAUAAUUUUUUUUUUUUUUUUAAAUGUCUGGGUCACACCCAGACAUUUUUGUAUAUAUUCUGUACAAAUCACAAAGUUGAAUAUUGACUAUUUUUAAGACAAAAGUCUGCUAAAACUUUUUUUAUUGUAAAGAAUAUUUAUUACGUGAAUCUAUUAUUUUAUGAUAUUUAUUACAAAGGACAGUUAAAAAAAAACGUUGCUUGUCUGAAUAUAUAGCAAAGUAUCAAUACUUACUGAGAAAUAAGGGGUGACACAGAAGAGUACGUGUGUUAACUAUAAUGCAGAAAAAAUAUAAUAAUUAAUGAGUACGUGUCUUAUUUCUUUAUUUUGUCAGAAGUCAAUAUCCACACCAAUAUGGCCUGUUCCACUCUGUAGCAUAUAUUUCAGAAUGAUUUUUUUUAAUUUAAUUAAAAUGUAUUUUAACGAUAAA